AUGGAUUAUCCCAAAAUGGAUUAUUUUCUGGAUGUGGAGUCUGCUCAUAGACUCUUGGAUGUCGAGUCGGCUCAGAGAUUCUUGGAUGUUGAGUCGGCUCAGAGAUUCUUCUACAGUCAAGGAGCUCAAGCUCGCCGGGCGACCCUGCUCCUGCCUCCCACCUUAAUGGCGGCAUCUUCGGAGGAUGACAUAGACAGGCGGCCCAUCAGGAGAGUCCGCUCCAAGAGUGACACGCCAUACCUCGCGGAGGCCAGGAUUUCCUUCAACCUGGGGGCAGCUGAGGAAGUGGAGAGGCUGGCGGCAAUGCGUUCUGACUCCCUCGUCCCAGGUACCCAUACCCCACCCAUUCGGAGGAGAAGUAAGUUUGCCAACCUGGGAAGGAUUUUCAAGCCUUGGAAAUGGAGGAAGAAGAAAAGCGAAAAGUUCAAGCACACAUCUGCAGCCCUGGAAAGGAAAAUAUCAAUGAGGCAAAGCAGAGAGGAGCUGAUAAAACGAGGAGUCCUGAAGGAAAUUUAUGACAAAGAUGGGGAGCUCUCCAUAUCCAACGAGGAGGACUCCCUGGAGAACGGACAGUCCCUGAGCGCCAGCCAGCUGUCUCUGCCUGCCCUGUCAGAAAUGGAGCCCGUCCCGAUGCCCAGAGAUCCCUGCUCAUAUGAGGUGCUCCAACCUUCAGACAUCAUGGAUGGGACAGAUUCUGGCGCCCCUGUGAAAUUGCCUUGUCUGCCAGUGAAACUGUCACCUCCGCUACCUCCAAAGAAAGUCAUGAUCUGUAUGCCUGUAGGAGGGCCAGACCUCUCGCUGGCAUCCUAUGCAGCCCAGAAGAGUGGCCAACAGAGUGGAGCCCAGCACCACCACACGGUCCUGCCGUCCCAGAUCCAGCACCAGCUGCAGUAUGGCAGCCUUGGCCAGCACCACCCCUCUUCUAGCGGCUCCCUCCCCAUGCACCCCUCCAGCUGCAGGAUGAUAGAUGAGCUGAAUAAGACACUGGCCAUGACCAUGCAAAGGCUGGAAAGCUCUGAGCAGCGAGUCCCCUGCCCUACUUCUUAUCACAGCUCCGGUUUGCACUCGGGUGAUGGUAUCACAAAAGCAGGACCUCUGGGCCUUCCAGAAAUAAGACAAGUGCCAACUGUUGUGAUUGAAUGUGAUGACAAUAAAGAAAAUGUGCCUCAUGAUUCAGACUACGAAGAUUCUUCCUGUCUCUACACAAGGGAAGAGGAGGAGGAGGAGGAAGACGAGGAUGAUGACAGCUCAUUGUACACCAGCUCCCUGGCCAUGAAGGUGUGCCGGAAGGACUCCCUAGCCAUCAAACUCAGCAACAGGCCCUCCAAGCGAGAGCUAGAAGAAAAGAACAUCCUUCCCAGGCAGACAGAUGAAGAGAGGCUGGAGCUGAGGCAGCAGAUCGGCACCAAGCUCACUAGGCGGCUAAGCCAGAGGCCUACCGCAGAGGAGUUGGAGCAGAGGAACAUUUUGAAACCUCGGAACGAACAAGAGGAACAAGAGGAGAAAAGAGAGAUCAAGAGGAGGCUAACUCGAAAGCUCAGCCAGAGGCCCACAGUGGAAGAACUCCGGGAAAGGAAGAUCCUCAUCCGCUUCAGCGACUACGUGGAGGUGGCUGACGCCCAGGACUACGACCGCAGGGCCGACAAGCCGUGGACCCGCCUCACAGCUGCCGACAAAGCUGCCAUUCGGAAGGAGCUGAAUGAAUUUAAAAGCACUGAGAUGGAAGUUCAUGAGCUGAGUAGACAUCUAACAAGGUUUCACCGACCUUAA